CACAAAACACACACACGCAUACACACAGGGAGGAGAAAGACUGACAGGGACGAGGGGAGUUCUCCAUGCGCACACCCCUACAAACAUACACACGCAACUCAUCGCUUUACACACCGCCAGGGAUCUUACGCACGAAACACUCUGACAAGCAAACCAGGAUCUGGACAGACUCUACGCUUCACAAGCUCAGGAGUCCUGAGAAGCUGACAGGAAUCUCCAUUUCCGGGCUGUGAAGUCACGAUCUAGUAGUCUCGGACUUGUGUAAACAACUAUGUCAAAGGAUGAGGAAAUUCCGAGCCCACCUCCAGAGUGGCCGGAAGAAAUUUUAGUGUAAACACGCAUAUCGGGGAAAAAAAGGGUCUGGAGAAGAAGUCACCAUGAGGAGGAAUCUCUAGGAAACUGGUGAAGCACUUAAAUAUCUGUACAAACUGCAUGGAUAUACGCCGUGGAUGGACAUCACACACUUCAAUCCUGCCUCCAUGAGGGAUUUGCCCUCCCCUCGUCUCGUCUGAGGUCAAGCCAACGCAACGCCACCCUGAUAAGUCUGGCUUAGCUGGCCACUUGAGUUUCAAUGCUCCACGCUGCUCUAAGAUGAGGGUAUGGAAAGAGGUCACCCUCGCCUUCAUCCUGUUUGGUGCCUCGUUUUUCCUCCUGCUUAUGAGAACCACGCAACCAGUCGGGCCCUCAAACCCAAAACCCUUCCAGAUCUCAGCAGACCCUCCAGCCACAAUUCUCCAAUCCCGAUCAUCAUCAUCAUCAUCCUCCUCAUCCAAAACAAUGCUGCGCCGCACAGCCAGAGCCACCGAGGACAUAGGCUCACUCAUCUCCGAAUUCUCGUACCUCUUCCAAAGCUUCACCGAAGGCGAACUGAAGAAGGUGAUUGCGACCCUUGUGGACCAAAAGCAGAGGAGGAUCAGAACUGAGGCAGGUCGGAGAACCAAACGAGCACGAAAGGGCCCAAAGCCAUGCUCGUUACAUGAAAUCAACCUCACCGUGAGCGAGCUGGGCCUCGGGUAUGAAAGCGAGGAGACUGUGCGCUUCAGGUACUGCAGCGGGAAGUGCACCAAUGCCAGACGCAACUAUGACUUAGUAAUGCAGCACAUGCAGCUGAAUAACGGCUCCAGUGAGAAAGCCAGACCAGGACGGGACAAUGGGAAAAAGGACAAGGUGCGAUACACUCCUUGCUGUCGACCGAUAAAGUUCGAGAAGAAAAUGUCUUUCUUGGACAACAAUAAUAGAUUCAACACCCUUCAGAACGUGUCUGCGAAAGCGUGCGGCUGUGUAUGACAUUCCGGGAAGCUAUGGAAACAGUCUAUACAUAUCCAUGGGAAUGAAAUUUUUCUGAAUUCCUUGGUUAUGGUGGGAUAUUUGGAAUAGGAUGCAGAAAUAUUGGAGAAUGCAUUGCAAAUUCAAAGAUGAUCUUGAAAAUGGCUCCUGUAUACCACCAUGGAAAAAUAGUGACAUCUACAGAGAAAAAGUGACGCAUAAAACACAAAAGACAAGGCCUGAAUUGUCUAAAACCAACUUUGGAAAGUUUGCCACAAGAAAAAACAAAA